GCGCAUGCUCCGCGGGUGGACGCCGCUGCCGCCGUGCCGGGACCGCCGCCCUGCCGCUGCUGCGACCCGCGGGCUGCGGUCUCCUCGCCACCGGGCCGGGUCGGGCCGAGCCUCGCGCCCCCCAGCCCCGCGGGGCUGCGGCUGAGCGGCACGGCCGCCCCGCGAUCGCCUCUCAUUCGCCCCGGCGAGGCGCGACGGAAGCGCCGGAGCCAAGUGGCCCUCGCAGAGUGCGAAGAUAAAUCUGUUUCAGUUGUGUAGAGGAUCAGACAGUCACAUAAAUGCAGUAUCUAAACGUAAAAGAAGAUUGCAAAGCCAUGGCUUUCUGUGCAAAAAUGAGGAGCACAAAGAAGAGCGAAGUAAACCUGGAAGCACAGCAUCAGGGUUUAGAAAUACUUUUCUACCUGCAAGAUAAAAAUCCCAUUUGUUACACCAGUGGCGAGUUUACCUCGGAGGAGCUGUGCAUCGAAGCUGCCCAGCGCUGUUCCAUAUCUCCUCUGUGCCAUAAUCUCUUUGCACUGUACGAUGAAAACAAAAAACUCUGGUAUGCACCAAACCAGGUGUUUAAGAUAGAUGAGAAAACAUCCCACCGGCUCCAUUAUCGAAUGAGAUACUACUUCACAAACUGGCACGGGACUAGUGAAAGCGAGCCCUCAGUGUGGAGGCAUUCCCCAAGGAAGGCGAAGAGCGCGUACGAGAAGAAGCUGGCCCCAGAAGGAACCCCCAUCCUUGAUGCAAACUCCUUAGAAUACAUCUUUGCACAGGGUCAGUAUGACUUAGUGAAAGGCCUGGCACCGAUCCGUGAUCCUAAAAAUGAUCAAGAGGUUCAUGAAAUUGAGAAUGAAUGUCUGGGGAUGGCUGUCCUUGCAAUCUCUCACUACGCCAUCAACAAAAACGUGAAGCUCCCGGAGCUUCCCAAAGAUAUCAGCUAUAAGCAUUAUAUUCCUGAAACUUUGAACAAGACUAUCAGACAGAGGAAUUUCUUAACCAGGAUUCGGAUAAAUAAUGUUUUCAAGCAUUUCCUUAAAGAGUUUAACAACAAAACCAUUUGUGACAGUAGCGUGUCUCCACGUGAUCUGAAAGUUAAAUACUUGUCAACGAUGGAAACCUUGACCAAACAUUAUGGAGCAGAAAUUUUUGAGACUUCAUUUUUGCUGAUUACAUCUGAAAAUGAAAUAAAUGGAUUUAAUUGUGGAGACAAUGAGAUCCUCCCACUCUAUGAAGUCAUUGUAACCGGAAACAAUGGAAUUCAGUGGAGGCUCAAGCCAAGUUCUGUACAGACAGAGAAAGAAAAGAAGAAGAAGUCUGAUGGCAAAAACAAAAAGGAUGAAGAGAAACACAAAAUCCAAGACUUGUGGAAUAAUUUUUCCUAUUUUCCUGAAAUUACCCACAUUGUCAUCAAGGAGUCCAGAGUUAGCAUUAACAAGCAGGACAACAAAAGGAUGGAAUUAAAACUGUCCUCGCACGCUGAGGCCCUGUCGUUUGCGUCGUUGAUAGAUGGGUAUUUCAGGCUGACGGCGGACGCCCACCAUUACCUCUGCACCGAUGUGGCCCCCCCGCUCAUCGAGCACAACAUCAAAAAUGGAUGCCAUGGACCCAUUUGCACGGAAUACGCCAUCAACAAACUGCGGCAGGAAGGAAACGAAGCGGGAAUGUACGUGUUGAGAUGGAGCUGCACCAACUUUAACCACAUCCUCAUGACGGUGACUUGUUUUGAAGGCUCGGAGACGAUAAAUAAUUCAAUCCAGUACAAGAACUUCCAGAUUGAAGUGAAGAAAGGCGAGUACUUCCUGCAUGGUUCCAACAAGUCUUUCUCCUCCUUAAAAGAGCUGAUGGAUCACCUGAAGGGACAGAUACUGCGGACAGACAACAUCAGCUUCACGCUGAAGAGGUGCUGCCAGCCCAGACCCAGAGAAAUCUCCAACUUGCUUGUGGCAACCAAGAAGGCGCAGGAGUGGCAGCCGGUUUAUCACCUGGGGCAGCUGAGUUUCCAUCGAAUCCUCAAGGAACAAAUCCUACAGGGCGAGCAUCUUGGAAGAGGGACGAAAACACAGAUUUACUCAGGCAUUCUCAACUACAAAGAUGAUGAGAAUGAAGGAUAUCAAAAUGAAAAAGAUAUUAAAGUGCUCCUCAAAAUCCUGGACCCCAGCCACAGAGACAUUUCUUUGGCGUUCUUUGAAACGGCCAGCAUGAUGAGGCAGGUGUCUCACAAGCACAUCGUCCUCCUCCAUGGAGUCUGCGUCCGCGAUGUCGAGAAUAUCAUGGUUGAAGAGUUCGUUGAAUUUGGGCCUCUGGAUCUGUUUAUGCAUCGGAAGAGUGAAGUUCUGACAACUCCUUGGAAAUUCAAAGUUGCCAAGCAACUCGCAAGUGCCCUCAGCUACUUGGAGGAUAAGGAUUUGGUACAUGGCAACGUGUGUACUAAAAACAUCCUACUGGCAAGAGAGGGAAUUGGCACCGAAUAUGGUCCUUUCAUAAAGCUGAGCGACCCAGGAAUACCCAUAACUGUGCUGUCCAGGCAAGAAUGCGUUGAGCGAAUCCCCUGGAUCGCACCUGAAUGUGUUGCAGACUCCAAAAAUUUAAGCAUUGCGGCAGACAAGUGGAGUUUUGGUACGACGCUGUGGGAAAUCUGCUAUAAUGGAGAAAUACCGCUCAAAGACAAGACAUUAGCAGAGAAGGAGAGGUUCUACGAGGGGCAUUUUGUGUUGGCGACGCCGUCGUGCAAGGAGCUGGCAGACCUGAUGAAGCAGUGCAUGAACUACGACCCCCACCAGAGACCCUUCUUCAGAGCCAUCAUGAGGGACAUCAACAAACUGGAGGAGCAAAAUCCCGAUAUCGUCUCAGAGAAGAAGCCCGUUACGGAGGUCGAUCCCACGCUCUUCGAAAAACGGUUCUUGAAAAGAAUCCGUGACUUGGGAGAGGGCCACUUUGGGAAGGUUGAACUUUGCAGAUACGACCCAGAAGGCGAUAACACAGGAGAGCAAGUAGCAGUUAAAUCUCUGAAGCCCGAGAGCGGAGGAAAUCACAUCACUGAUCUCAAGAAGGAAAUCGAAAUCUUGAGGAAUCUUUAUCAUGAGAACAUUGUCAAAUACAAGGGAAUUUGCACGGAAGAUGGAGGAAGCGGGAUUAAACUCAUCAUGGAAUUUCUCCCUUCUGGGAGCCUCAAGGAAUACCUCCCCCACAACAAGAACAAAAUCAACCUCAAACAGCUUCUCAGAUACGCGGUUCAGAUCUGCAAGGGCAUGGACUAUUUGGGCUCCUGUCAGUACGUGCACCGGGACCUGGCAGCAAGGAACGUCCUCGUCGAGAGCGAGAACAGAGUGAAGAUUGGAGACUUUGGUCUCACCAAAGCCAUCGAGACGGAUAAGGAGUACUACACGGUCAAGGACGACCUCGACAGCCCUGUUUUUUGGUACGCCCCGGAGUGCCUGCUGCAGAGUAAAUUCUAUAUCGCCUCAGACGUCUGGUCGUUUGGCGUGACGCUGUACGAACUGCUCACCUACUGUGAUUCCGAGUCCAGUCCCAUGGCAGAGUUCCUGAAGAUGAUCGGCCCCACGCAGGGACAGAUGACGGUGGCGCGGUUGGUGCGCGUCCUGCAGGAAGAAAAGCGUUUGCCGCGUCCGCCCGGCUGCCCAGAGGAGGUGGACCAGCUGAUGAGGAAGUGUUGGAUAUUCAAGCAUGAUGAACGGACAAGCUUUCACAAUCUGAUUCAAGGAUUUGAAACAAUUAUGAGUAAAAUGUAAUUACAUUUUUUUAUACUGUCAGUACUUUAAGUCGGUGUCAGAAUGUAAAUGCCCAAGACCUCUUGGUUUUUGUUUUUGUUUUUUUAACUACCGUAAUUUGUACUCUGACUGUGCUAAUGUGUUUAAAGGAUUCUUUUUCCAACAGUUUUCCUUUUCAGUUUUAGUCAACAGUUGGAUCAAAUGAAUUCAAAGCUAUGGCAGAAACAAUAGCUUCAACUCCUUUUGCUGCUGUUAUUGCAGGGCAGUUUUAUCUCAUUAUGUUCUCACCACAAUCUGAAGGACCCCAAUAGACGCCAACUGAAGGAGCCAUGUCAAAAAAAUGCUGCAGUUACUGCAAUCUGUAGCACUUAAAACAAGCUGCUGUGCACGCUUAUUCCUUGAGUAACUGGUGGAUGUAAGAGGGCUUGAUAUAGUAAUUUAAUAAUACUUGAUAGUGUAUUGAGGUUUUUUAAGAUUAUGUUUGGCUGACAAAUAUCUUUCAUGUGCACUUAAAUUUUAGUAACAAAAAACCAACUCUGGCAUAAAAAUCCAGAGAAGACAAAAUAAUCAGCUCAUCUUAACCAGUGUGCAGGGCCGAGCUCUGGCAUACGUUUAAAAAAAAUUUGCUUGGCUGUCAUGUUCAAAAAAUACAAAGCAAAACAAAGCCUGGAUCAGCAUGUAUUCUGGAUAAAUACAUUUGCCUUUCCUCAGCCACGUGCCCCAUUGCUGCCCGCUGGAGCUUCCCCGUGUCCGUGGCCCUGACCCGAGCAAAGGCAGCGCGUGGCAGCUCGGACUGCAGGGAACUGCAGCGCGGCCAGCUGUGCAGACAAAAAGUAAUUACACACUUCGGGGAUAGGAAAUUAAUCAAUGUACAGAACCUGGGGGAGCAUCCCCUGUGAAAGAAGAAUGAGCUAAAGGAGACGGCAGCAGGUUAGUUCAUUUUAGCAGUUCUGGAAAGCCGUUCACUUGGCCAAUGGUGACGAUUCUUUAAGAGCACUGCCCUUUAUUUAAUUUGCUGUACGGGCUGAAACCCAGUUAGCCAAAGGGACGGCGCUGGGACCACGUACCAUGUCUUGUCAGGACCAGAGUUUGCGUUUCAGCUGAAAAUGAGUCCAGCCAGGGCCCAUAGCUGUGGUUUAACUGGAAACCUUUGCUGACCCAGGACACAGGUGUCCUUGUCUGAUCUGGAUUUCUCUGUGCACAGACCAAAUGGACCUUGCAGGAGAGAGCACAGCAUAGUUUAAAAAAAAAAUAACUUUGUUCUGUUUGUUUUUCCGUGACGUAUUUAUAAUUUUACCAGCUGGAUGUUGCAUUAUUACGUGAUGCCAGCGGUUCCCUCCUCUGCUUGUGCUAACAGGGCUAUUUCAGGUUACUCAGGCACAGCGCGGAGGAGCAGAAUGCUGUAAUUUCUGUGGUAGUUCUGAUUAAGAAGAUACGUUCAUGUGUGACAGCCUGGAGGAGGGUCAGAGAGAAGUAUCAAAAAAGCGCAAGGCUGCAUAAGAGCACGUGAAUGUUUUUUCCCAUUUUAGUCAAUAUGGAAUUGCAGUUACUCAGUGAAACUACUCAGUUUCCACUAGUGUUAGUGAAACUGGUGAAACCGGUGCUGUUGAUUUGCCAUGGCAUGUAAAAAAGCCACACACCAGUGCUGAUCCGAUUCUGAAAGCCUUUGGCUUUCCUGUUGCUCUCACAACCAGUUUCAGAGCUCGUAGAUCAUUACAAAUAUUUGCUUUUGUUCAUUCAACCCAAAUCGAGCAUUCAAAAAUGCAAGACUCAAAUCUGUUUGAUUUAUAUAGUCCUUUAAAAACAGGACUGUAUAAAUAGUCCUAAAAUGCCAUUUGGCCCUUUGAAGGCGACCACAAGGCUGCUGUGCCCCUGGUGACAAAGAGUGUGACACCCCGUCCUUGGAUUUGUGUUCCCACCACAUCUGGAUUACUGAAAAGGCUUUGAGGAGAUGAUAGUUCUGGCAAUAACAGAAAGAUGUCAUUAAGUAUAUAUCUAUAUAUAUAUAAAAUUGUAAUUAUGAGUUGCAACGAGGUCAGAUUUAUUUUUACAGUAUUACCUGUUUUUUUCUGUAUGUCACUUAGGAGUCUGGUUUAAAUCUGUAAGCACUUUGUUACUCUUUAUACAAACAAAUCUAAUAAAGAUUUUUUUUUUCUCCA